AUGAUGACGAGGGAUUUACACGAUGGCAACUUUGGUGAUAGUGAACGGAACAGAUCUGAAUACAAUUUGAGAUAUAACAGGCCGAACCAUAUUUUCAACGAGGCUGGGGAAAAUGUUCAAUGUCACAGUGACUCGGAGUCUUUGGGGUCUAGGAAGAGCAAGACUCGUUACGUGAACCCAGCGAUUUAUAUAGAGACAGUUGAGGCUUCACAUUCCGUGACGUCAUUGCGGACCGACUUGUCCUGCGUGGAGGACUUAACGCCCCAUCCGCACGGUACAUAUAGAAGCAACUCGACUCCCUUUCUGACGGGACGAAUAUCCAAUGCCUCAUCCGGUAGUGUGAAGAGGAAGUCGUGCCGUUUGGCAGAGCAUGAAUGUCAGGCGGAUGACGAGGAGACGCCGCGGCUCGAUCGCACUUAUCGCGAAGAUGGCCCAGACACGUUUCGCCUCUCGGUCGCCUCUUUGUCGACCACCACGACAACGAAAGAGGAACGCGAACGUCACGAGAAGAAGAGGCAAGAGGCUUUUAAGCAGUGGCUGGAGAGAAAAGAGCAAGAGAAAAGAGAAAAGCGUCGUAUGCAGGAGACAAAGAGACAAACAGUGCAAACAACCACUCCAGAACAGCGUGAAGAAUCUUUUCGCCGCUGGACGGAGCGAAAACGUUUGCAGAUGGAACGUCGCCGCGCUGAGGAAAUUAUGCGUCGUUUCCGUCAGAACGAGCAUUUGGAGCGCGAGAAAGAAAAGAAGGAGAGGGAGAAACAAGAGAAGUUAGCGGAAUGGAUUCGUAAGAAAGAAGAAGAAAUGAAAGCUAUGAAAACUCGCGAGGAGAGACGGGCGGCGCGCGCAGCUAUAGAGGAACAGCGGAGACGCGCCGACGGCGAGCGCGCCUACCGCGAUUGGCUGCGCACUAGCAAGAACAAACCACUGCCGGUGCCGCUGAACCAAGGAGAACUCAGUAUGCGCGGGUCGGUGUCACAGAUGUACAUAAACCCGGUACCAUGGAAAUCAGAACUA